AUGGAGGUUGAUAGUCAGUUUGCUAGUAUCUCAUUAGGGAGAGAAAAGUAUUUUAGUUGGGUUUUUUUAGCAUAUUGGGUUUUAACAUGUAUUGCAUCAUUGACCGUCAUUUUUUAUCUCCCUAGAGUGUUUGGUGCUAUAUUCACAUUUAUAUUGCACUGGUCAAUAUGGAAGAAAUAUAAAGUUAAAAUUAAUAUUGAAUCCAUAAGGGUUUCCUUUUUGGGUGGUACAGUAUUUAUUAAGAAUAUGUCUAUUAUAAAUCAAGACUUUACACUAUCUUUUUUGGAGUGUCGAAUAAAGUGGCGAUAUUGGUUACUGAAUUCAAGAGAAGUAGAGUAUAAAGUGCAAGCAAAUUUGUCUUCAGAACAAAGCCAAGGGUCAGAUGCAUCAAACUCAAUGACUAUAGAGAAAAAUUCAAAAUUGCCCUGUACAAUAUUAAUCGAAUGUAAAGGAUUCGAAGUAUUCGUUUAUAAUAGAAAAGCUGCAUACGAAAAUGUAUUGAGAUUAUUCACAAAAGAAGAAAGAGAAAAAUUUAGUAGUUUCUUAAAUGAACAUGAUUUAGGUGAUAUCGUUAGUGAAGAUACGAAUGUCAAUUCAAUGGAUAAAGAUUAUUUCGAAUCAGUAACCACUGAAAAUAGUUCAGAAUCAACAGUAAUAAAUGAUAGAACCUAUAAAAAAAAUAAAGAUGAAAGGAAAUCAAUUCUUUUUAAUUUUUUACCUAUCCAGUUAAGAUUAAUACAUGGUGCUGUAACAUUAGGUAACCGAUUCACCCCUUCCCUAGUUGUAGCAAGUUAUGAAAAUUGUAAUGGUGUUUUAGAUGUCUCCCAUGCAAAUGAAAAAAUAGAUUUAUAUAAAUCAAAAGUUACCAUGAAAUUUCAGGACGUUAACAUAUCUGUUAAACCAAAUUUGGCAUAUGAUUCUGAAUUUACCAAUGAAUUAGAUAUUGAUAAAGGUAAGUUAUCAAGAAUUUGGAAUACUUUUAUCGAUAUAAUGGACAUGAUACCCAAUCCUUUCACUAAAAUAUACCAUAAACAUAUGAAGAAAAAAGAGCAUGAUGUUGAAAGUAUGUUUGUAAACAAAUGGAGAGGUCUAUCUCUUUACAAGGAUAAUCUACGAGAUGCUGGUCGUUAUGGUUUGGAUGAAGCCUCUUAUGAUUUUCUAAAUAGGGAAUAUGCAAAAUUCAGUUCAAUUUUAAAAUGUCCUAACUUUACGUUAUCAUACUAUUUAGAUUCUCCUGGUAUAGUCCCUCAUGGUGCACACCAGACAAACGUCAAGAAAGAUGGCCCAGAUAUUGGAAAUAGUGGUAGUCCUCCAGAAUUUUUAGUGGAUUUACAGGUCUCAAAAGCAUCAAUUUACUACGGUCCAUGGACAAAUAGGCAGGUUUCCUAUUUAAUUAGAAUGCUUUCACCUGUAGUAUCUAAGAACCAAAUACCAAUUAAGAAAUUAGAACCUGGGUCUAGGCGGAUUCAUACAGUUUUCAAAAUGUCAGUUCAUAUUAUUGACGAAUCAUCUUGGAGAAUACCAACUAGAGAACCAAGCAAAGAUAAAGAAUUUAUAAAACAAUUUGUAAAAACAAAUGACGAUUUUAGGCCGUUUGGAUGGCUUGAUUUCAAUCUGAACAAAGGUACACAAGCGACUUUUAAUUUUUCAUUAAUUCCAACUAUAGACGGACUUGGAAAUAACUUUGAUAUUCAUUUCCUUGAUAUGGAAGUAACAACAAGUGUCAAUCAUGACAUAUUACUGAAGAGUAAAGAGUUUGAUGUUGUAGCAGAUAUUGGUUACCCUUUAGGGUGGAAUAGUCAGGCAGAUUGGAAAUUUGAUAUUAUUGCUAAACAGUUAGAAACAUUCUUAUUGAAGGAGCAUAUUUCGCUAUUCAGUGACAUGUUUUCCGAUUUUGCCUCAGAAGACCCAACACCUUACGAACUUUUCAGACCAUUCACGUAUUCCCUUAAUUGGGAUAUCGAAGGCUAUUCUAUUUAUUUAAAUGUAAAUGACAGAAAUAUUGUGAAUAAUCCUUUGGACUUUAAUGAGAAUUGUUAUCUAUCCCUACAUGGAGAUGAAUUACACAUUGAUUCUUUAAUACCAAAUUUAUUAAUUUCCCAACCUUAUACUGAAAUAGCCUUUAAUAUUUAUACUCCAAUGUUUCGCUUAUUGUUAAAUACACCGCCAUGGAAUACUUUAAGUGAAUUUAUGAAGGAUAAAGAAGUAGGACGAGCUUUUGAUUUUGGGAUUGAAGGCUCAUAUUUAAUAUAUUCAGAUCUGGACAUAGAUAACGUGGAUACAAUAACAAUGGAAUGUACAAGCAGAUCUACCACUUUGUUUUGCUAUGGUGUAGUUAUCAGAUACCUCAUGAAUGUACAGGCCAAUUACUUUGGUGAUUUUGUUCAUUUCAUAACAUCUGAAGAAUAUUCAGAAAUUUUGCAAAAGAACAAUAAACGCUCAAAUGAUGAACAGGGUAGUUUCACUUAUUCCACAACUAGUUCUGUCCAAAAUUCGUCCAGUGACGACACUGUUUUAUAUACAAAGGAGCAAGAUUUAUCCAAGCCACAUGUUCGUAGGGCUGAUGUCCUCCGUACAGAAAAUGAGUUAGACAUUUGGUUCACAUUUAGAGUUUGGGAUGGUGCGUUAAUUUUACCGGAAGGUUUAUACAACGGUAAUUUAUGUUCUUCACUAUUAUUUUCUGAGUUAAUGAUAAGUUUUAGAGGAUCUAAUUAUUACAUGGAUUUUCUGACAAAUUUGUAUGAUAUGAAGAUAAAUCGAUUUCUCAAUUUUUCCCCUGAUGAGAUCUUCAGAUAUGUCCGAGAUCCAGAUCAUAAUUUAAAUAUAGUACAUGGAACACUUUCAGAUGUUACUAUUCACGCUCAUAGAAUGUUUGGUCUUCCUCCAAACAAAUUGACUUAUUUUUGUCAAUGGAGCAUUGAUUUUGGCUCAUUGAUUAUUGAUUCUAAUAUCGAGUUUCUAUCUAGCUUUUUCGGUUUAUUUACAAAACUAGGGUUCGGUUAUAGUAACCUUGAGAACAAGUUGGUAUAUAAAGUUGAAUCGUCCGAUGACAUGACAUUACUAACUUUAUAUGGUGAAAAAGUUCUUAUUUUGGUUUCCGAUGAUGUUUCCCAAAAGCAAGCUUCUUUGGAAAUACUUAAGCUAAAACUGAACUCAAUCGAUUUUCAAAACGAAAGAUAUUCAAAGAGAAUAAAUUUGAAAAUACCGGAGUUUUCCAUUUCUAUUUUCGAUGUAAGAAAUCCCACAAUAAAGCCAAUAUUACUCGGAUUCAAAACAAAAAUUGACUUCACCAAUUUUGUGAUAAAAGAAGAUUUCAGAAAUUCACUUAAUGGCCAAAGAACAUAUAUUACUUUACAUGAUUCCCCUUAUCACAGGUGUUUUUUUAUUUUGCCGACGAUGUACCAAGAGUCAUUCCUUUAUAAUGAGCUCUAUGGUGGCAUCACUCCAUCAUUUUCAAUUCCUAUAUUACCAAUUCCAAUGCUACCAAACACAAUUGAUUUCCUAGUUGAAGACUUUUUGAAAGAGUAUUCAGAUUUACUUGAAAACCCUUUUUUAAACAUCAGAUCUAUCAAUAAUUUAGAUACGAGUUCUUUAUUUAAUGAGUAUCGCGUUGAUACUUAUAUAUCUGAAAAGGCUAUUUUUAAAGCUGAAGAGAAAAACACUGUCAAUUAUGACCCUAAAUAUGAAUAUGAUAACUACAUUUUAAAUGUGGAAUACAUAAGGGUUGAUAUAAAUCCGUUAUUUUCUGAUUUUAUCGACAGUAUGUCUACAAAAUUGUAUUCAGAAAACAUGGUUGACAUUAUUGAUGAAAUAGAAAUGAUCAUUGUGAGAAGACUAGGUAGUCCGAAAAAAGUAUUAUUAAGAGAAACAAAUCUGAAGUUGAAAAUUUCCUAUGUAGAUAUAUUUUGGGGAUCUCGUAAUUCUGAAGGAAUUGAAAUAUAUUUGGAUAAGUUAGAUUUUGAGAUGAGACAAAGGAUAUUCGAUGAUUUUAAUCAACGAAGUUUAGAAGAGAGAACAAUAUUAAGUAAGUUGAAAUCCUUAAGGUGCAGCUUUUCUGAAACGCAAUACGAAGAAAUUGAAUAUGAAAGACCACCUGCCCUUUCUCUAACAGUAGAAGGUUUGGAAGUUUGGUCAUGUACCAAUACUGCACAGAGUAAUUCAAUUAAUAUUUUAUCGACAGAUAUAACGGUAGAUGGAUCUCAAACAAGCUGGCUAAUCAAAUACUUGAAUAAACAGGUGGAAUUUUUUUAUAAUUUGAAAGGUUCAGUUGAUUUAUUACAGAAACGUGAUGUUACCUUACAAAAAUCCUUGAUAUCCAAAUUAACUACCGCAAGUGAAUAUUAUCAGAUUGAUCAUGAUCCAUAUGUCAUAACAAAACCAGCUUUGAUUAUGCGUUUAUCAAAUAGCCAUGUUAGAGAAAAUAGAAGUUGGAGAAUUGUAACCAGGUUACGGCAUAUUCUGAAUUAUUUGCCGGAAGGUUGGGAAAAAUCAAGUAUUGCUUUCGUUGAAGCCAGGCAUGUCUAUUCUGAUAGUGACCCCAAAAAUGUAUUUCUAUCAGUUUUUUCAAAUUGGAGGAAUUGGGAAGUCUCCGAUGUGGCGCGUUCUUAUAUCUAUAGAAGAGUAUUUUUACCUGAUAUUGAAAAGAAUCUAAUUAAUAACACAACAAAGAUCGGUAUGGAGUCAUUUUAUUUUACUAUUUAUAGUCAAAGAUAUGCUGUUGAUCAUAAUAUUGUAGUAACAAGAAUAAACGUUAUUAUAGAUCAAAUGUUAUCCGACGAGGAGCCGAAAGCUGCAACUGCAAAUAAAAAUGAUAAGAUAUAUGAUAUAACUGGUACAGUUGGGACUUUUAAAGGUGAACUUGGUGAUCAAUUAAUAAGAUUAAAGAAAUUAUACUCAGAAGAUAAGGCAAAAAUUAGGAGUGAGAAGUCAACGGAUUUUUCAAUUCCAAAAUUUUUCAAAAUUAAUAUUGUCCUUAUAGUUGAGAAAGGAGAACUCACAUUAGCUGCAGCUAAUACAAAGCUUAUAUCUCGUAUUAAAAAUGGAAAAAUAUCAGGUUUUUUUGAAAAUGCCAGAGAUGUCGCGAAUGCAUCUGGUUCAAUUGUCUAUUACGCGACAAGAACUGAAUUGUGGUUAAAACACAACGAAUUAAUUCUUUUGGAUGCACAUCUAGAUGAUUUAUUCAUAUCAGUAAUUGCCGAGCUUUUGGUGAAAAAACCAACAAUUUUAGUGAAUGUUAAAUCGUCACAUUUGCGUUUUAAAGCAUUGCCCAAUACAAAGAAUUUAGUGGUAUUUUUGCGUGAAUUCGAGAGAGAAAUAAGUAAAAUUACAGGGCGUCUUACAGACAAAGACAAUAAAAAGAGACAUACAUCAACUUCCCCGAUAUUUUCAACCAAGAAAAUUGAUAUUUCAUUUGACAUCAAUAUAUUUGAUAUUAGUAGCGAGAUUGUGAUACUGUCUCCAUUUACUGUAAAACAUUCAAUGAAAGAAUUAAAAAUUGUUUUUAAUAGAGAAGGUGAUAAUGAUACCAUAUUCAGUAUAUUGGAUGCCGAUUUAUAUUUAACUUCGUACCAAAAUGGUGUACAAUAUUUCCGUCUUUCCUAUCAAGAUAUUAAUUUAGAGGCCAUGCUUACUGAUAGCAAAUCAAAGUUAAUAACCAUAAAUAUCGUGACAUCUUUAAUAAAACUGACACUGGCGGAUCCAAAGAAAAUUACAAACAGUUUACUUCAAGACGAAAAAACAUUUGAGCAAAGUUUGGAAUCAAUAAAGACUUUAAACACACUUUUUUCUUCUAAUAGAGAAGUUAGAACCAGUGCUGUUGAUAAUCCGUAUAAAUUUAUGGUUAACUUUGAUUUAACGUAUUUUGGUUUGUUGUUUCCUGUUGAUACAUCAUAUUUCAUUUUAGAAUUGCAUUCAUUGCUUGCAACAUUUAGUAAUGUCUAUAUGAAUCCACAACAGCUAAAAGAAAAGAUUACUUGUAAUUUAGCCCUCCAAAAUACAUUGUUCAUGAUCAAGAGUCCUGAAGUUAAUAACCAAGUAUCAAAGGUCCUUGACUUUUCAGUUAAUUUAUCAACUGAAACAAAAAUAUUAAACUCUAAAAGGUCAUUUGAGGUGGAAAGUUCGCACUUUAGAGUAUGUUUAAAUCCUGAAUCAUUACUCAAAAUUUUGCAGGGUGUAUUUCAGACGUCAUCUUCAUUUAAGUACUACAAGGAGCAUACUAGAUUACAAAUUUUUAAAACGAAGAAAAAGGCUUCAGUGGUGUCUGAAAACCUAAUAGGCGCUCCAUUGAUUGAAUAUUCAAUACAUUUUCUAUCCUAUAAUUUUUGUAUUGGUUGGAUAUUUGAAAAUUCGCAAUCUAGUUAUCCUGGUUUAAUAAUGGGUUAUGAUAGACUUUUCUCAGCUUAUGAAGAUUCAUAUGGGAAACUAACAGUAGUGGAUGGUUUCUUCUCUAUUGCUAAUGGAUUUUCUUCAGACACAUUUUACUCUCAAGGAAAUGAAAAAGAAAAAUAUAAUAGAAGUUACCUGCCAAAUUUACAAAUUUUGUACUGGUUAAAGGAAGUUGAUGCUAUGAAGCAGUUGUUUGUUAGAUUUUAUGGUGAAACUAUUGAUGUGAGAUUUUUAUCAAACUUUGCUACGAUAAUUAAUUUGACAAUCGAGUCAGUGCAACAUUUUCAAAUGAUCAAGAAGGAAACAGUACGAGAGAUGAAUGUUGAAGCAGAAAAGAAAGUUGGAGAAGAUGAUAUAUCUACAAAGUUCUCGCUAUUUUUUUCAAAAGUCCAAAGAAUUAACUGUCAAUGUAUUUAUGAUGGGGGUGUUUUCACAGUCUAUCCUGUUCGUGGUAACCAUAUUGAUACAGAACAUGCAAUUGAAAUAACAACACCAAAGGUUAUUAUUGAUGUAGAUUACAAAUACCGUAUUGAUAUGAAAAAACCACAUUGGAUCAGAUCUUUUAUAAAUAUCGAGCCUACAUACAAUACGUUGCUUUCUCAGUUUGCAUCAUUUUUAACUGAAUUUGGGGAGAGUGUACAUGAGAUGGUAGCAAAAUUCAGUCCUAAGGAGCAACCUCCUGCACCCAAAACUGUUUCACCGCCUAUAGAUUAUAAAAGAAUUUUGGAAGAUUUCGAUGUUUCAUUUAGCAUUUCAGCAGGUAAACAAAAGGUCAGCUUGAGUUGUGAACCUGUUGCCAAAGUUCAUGCUAAUGUUGGAUUUGAAUCUUUUGUUUUUAGUAUUAUCACGAAUGAUGAUGAUCCAACAGAACCUUUAUCAUGCUCAUUGACUGUUAAUGAUAUUAAAACAUCUAUCAAUCAUGAAUUUUCAACAGAACCAACAGCGUCGUUCUCUGUUGACUUUGUAGAUAUUACAACCUUAUUUACACAUCCUGAUAUUUAUGGUACCACUCUAAUCUCCGAUGUUAGCCUUUAUUUUAAUAUUAAACAGCUACAGAAUUUAAUGGUGUUCCUUGAUAUUUGGAAUUUGAAGAGAUUGAUUAAACUAAGACCUCAAAAGAGUGUACCAGUUAAGAAACCAGAAAGCAGGGUUUCCUCAUCAACGAAGUCAAGCUCAAAUACUACCAUCAUCCCUUGGUCAUUUACUGUCAUUAUUACAGAUAUUAACGGUGAUAUCCACCUGGGUCCAUCAUUAGGUAAUUUAUCGUUGAAGCUAAAGAAAAAUUGGAUUUCAACAAAUCAUUUCCAAGACAGAAGAAAGGCACUACGUUUUUUUACUGAUAGUUUGUCGUUAACAUCUGUUGGUAGACUUGGUGGUUUAAUUGAUGUUGCAAAUAUUAGUUGGAUAUUGAAUGUCAGAUAUGUGGAAAAUGAAAAAUUAGACCAAUCUCCAUUAGUUGAUAUUACUUUGAAUGUUGAAAAUGUAGCAGUAAAGGCUGCAUUUGAUUAUCAUAUGUUCUUAAUUGGUAGGGUUCAUAAUAUUUUAUUCAACUUGGAGAGUGAAAAAGAUUUGAUCGGAAACCUACCAGAUUUAUUAAAAUUACAUUUGGUCUGCGAUGAAAUAGAUAUAUGUUCAACUGCUUUGGUAGCAUCCAAUAUCUUAGACAUCUCCAAUACAAUUUCAAGAACAAGACAAGAUAGUAGAAAUUCUUAUAUUGAAACUUUAUUGGAAUCAAACCCACCACCUCAGAAAUCUUCUAUAUCUUAUACUGAUAUAUUGAAGUCAUUAAAUCUAUUACGAACUGACGUUGGAAUCGAAAUCCACAAGAUGCAAGUACAAAUAUCCCCAAUUUCAUUAUUUGAUGUUGAAGUAAUUGUCACGACUGUUGAAAAUGUUUCAGCAAGAUCGGUAACUCAAUCUGGUGAAAAGUUGAUGACAGAUCUUCAAAUGAAGAUUUAUAAAGCUACUCUAUCACUAUCUAAAUCUAAUGAAGAAUUAGAUGAGGAAGCUGUUUCAGAAAUAUCCGUAGAUGAUUAUAUGAUAUAUGCCAUGAAGCUUUCUGGUGGAAAGAUUUUAAGUAUUCCUAAAUUAUUUGUAGGUAUGACAACAUGGCAACUUGAAAAUAGCAAGAUCAUCGAAUAUCUAUUUGCCUGUAAAUUUCAUGAUAAAAUAUCGGUAAGGUGGAACUUAGGACCAGUAAACUUUAUAAAAGAAGUAUGGGCAACACAUGUCAAAUCAUUGGCUGUUCGUAGAGCUCAAUUAAAGGGUGAUAAAGAGCCACAGCUAGUACCGGGGAUUAUUGGAGAACCAUCUCCUUUAGUUUCAUCAGAAGAAUUAGAAAUGUUGAGAUCAGAAUCUUCAAAUGCUGAUAAUGAUAAUAAUGAAUACAGUGAGGAAGAUAAAUUUAUAUAUGUUCCACUCAAGGAGCCACAAAUUGAAAUGCCUAAAAUCAAGGAUCUUGAAGAUGCCACACCACCGUUAGAAUGGUUUGGUGUUAAUAGAAAGAAGUUCCCUCGUGUUACGCACCAAACUGCAAUAAUUCUGAUUCAAAAAAUAGUUCACGUAGCUCAAAAGGAAUAUGCAAAAGUUUUAGGUGAUUCCUAA